GAAGGCUGAACCCAGGGGCCAGAAGUGAUACAAGUAUUCUAGAAGGGACUGGGUGGGCCCCAGGCUCCCAGGUCCCCAAAGGAGGAAGGGUGGAGAGAGCUGGAGGCUUCGAUUUCUAGGUCCAGGGAGAAUAGGACUGGGAGUUUGGACAUUAAACUCACAAAGCUGGAGGAAGAAAGUUAGGGGCCCCCAAAGCUAAGGCUGCUUGCUAGGUUCUGAGGAGACAGCACCUGGCACAGGGUGAGGGCAUGGAAAGUGGAGGUCAGACCCCAUGCUCCAGGCUCCAGCACCGCAGCCUGGACUUUGCCUUCCUGCUGCCUGAGCCCCACCCUGCACCUUUGGCUCUCCCUGGAAACACCCAGGACUGAAAGCCUCAGCAUCUGGGAGAGAGCCUAGCAUGCGGGGCUACCUAUCUCUGCUUCCUGCCUUCCUGGCCCUGUGGGCUACCAGUGGCAUCUGGAUCGUUUUUGCCAUUGCAGUGGCCAACGGGACAGUGAACCUCAGUGAAGGCUUUCCCUACAUCAGUAUUUGUGGAUCUUACCCACCUCAGAGCUGUAUCUUCGGCCAGCUACUCAACCUGGGAGCUGCCAUGGCUGCUUGGAUCUGCAUUCUACGUUACCACCAGCUCCGGAACUGGGGGGUCGGAAAGGGGCCUAACCAGCUAAUCCUCUGGACAGGUCUUUUCUCCGCCCUGGGAACCUCGGUGGUGGGCAAUUUCCAGGAAAAAAACCAGAAGCCCACACACCUGGCAGGUGCCUUCCUCGCCUUCAUCUUGGGCAACCUCUACUUCUGGCUACAGCUCCUUCUCCUGUGGAGGAUGAAGACCCUGCCCCAGCCCGGGGCCCUCUGGAUCAGGCCACUCCGCCUGGGCCUCUGCAGUCUCUGCACCAUCCUCAUCGUGGCCAUGAUCAUCCUCCACUCCCAGCAGCUGCGUUCUGCCUCUGCCAUCUGUGAGUGGGUCACUGCCAUGCUGCUGUUCUCACUCUUUGGACUCUUCUCAGUUGACUUCUCUGGCCUGGAUAACUGCACCCUGAGUCUUCAGCCGGGGCCCAGCCUCAGCCCCUCACCAGCUUCCCCUGGCUCUCUGUCUGUCUAACUGUUGCAGACAUCCUGACUGGGGCCUCAUGUUGCCAGUGAAGGAAGAAGACAGGACUGAUCCGUUACCCCCAUACCCUCGGGAUGAACCACUGGGGGGGAGGGUCUUGGAUUGGCCAGGAGCAGGGGGUACUGACUGUUCCUGUCCU